CUGAUGCGACAAUGAAGGUGCAUGAUACGCAGCCUGCUAAAGCCUCUUUUCAACAAUUUCCUCAGCCACGUGUUUUUUCGCUCGUAUUUUAGCGGAUUUUCUCACGGAAAAUGGGUCGCGUCAGGACAAAGACCAUCAAAAAGGCCGCAAAGGUGAUAAUUGAGAAAUACUACACGCGCUUGACAUUGGAUUUCCAUACAAACAAGCGAAUCUGCGAGGAAGUUGCAAUUAUUCCCACAAAACCCCUCCGGAAUAAGAUUGCUGGAUAUGUCACACACUUGAUGAAGCGCCUCCGCCACUCCCAGGUUCGUGGGAUUUCCAUUAAAUUGCAGGAAGAGGAGCGUGAGCGUCGUGACAACUACGUUCCGGAUGUGUCUGCUCUGGAGCAAGAUAUAAUUGAGGUGGAUCCAGAGACGAAGGAGAUGUUGAAGAUGCUGGACUUCCACAAUCUCACGGGGCUCCAGUUGACGCAGCCAACAACUACCUUCAACAGGCGCAACUAAACGUAAAAAAAUGAGCCCCCUUUUUAUGUCUCUGAGAGGAUAAAUAAGUGAAAUACACCAAGCUUAUUUAAAAGCUCAUAAAA